AGAGAGAGAACGCGCUUACGUCAAAGCGGAAGGAGACGCGAGGAGUUAACGGUCUUUUGAUUUGAGGGCGCGUGCGCGUGCUAGUGCGGGCUGCAAAAUGGAAGGGCGCCAUAACAAUGGGUAACAGGGCACAGGACAAGCCUCAGUUCUGAGCAUGUUGAUAUGCUUACUGUACCUUUCUUCAUCGCAAUCACAUGCUCCUUUAAAGACUUUUAAGGCACACAUUGAGAGAGAGAGACUUUUAUAUUCUGAUUAAUAUAUAUUUAUACUUAAAGCAGUCGGUAUGAAACCAUGCAUGGACUCUAGUUCCAAGUUCCUGUCCAUGAACCUCCGCUCACAGCCAAAGGAAAUACCAGCUAUUUUGUCAUGCUCACUGGGAACACCUUAGAUUCCCACAAGACCUUUCUAGAUCAUCUCACAACAUCAGAGUUUCAUGAAGUCCAAGCCAUGAAUAAGAGUGAUGUCAUCAUUGCUUUUGUCCCAGUCGUGUCUCGAGCUGGUACUGACAUUCAGUCUGCAAUGGAAAUCAUUCCUGUGCAGGCUGUGCAGCGUGAGCGCAUUUGUCGCAUUCGGUUCACCUACAUUUCUAUCUUAUUUGAUAGAUUUUUUUUCGGUGGAUAAGCCUGUUGUUCUCGUGAUGCUCCACCACACCUUUGAUCCGGAUAUUGUUGUUCCAGACGUCAGAUCAUAUGUGAACAGGACGGAUGUGUUUGUUGUUGAUUGUCUCUUUCAUGAAGAUCAAGGGCUGUUAAGAUGCCUGCGCAACGAUGAUGCAAUCAAAGCAGUGACGGAUCAUCUGAGCAGAAUAAAGAACCCAAAGGUGGAGCACACCUCUUACACAAGGAAAGUCCUUGCUUUAGUCCUUCCUUUAGUUAUUGCUUUAGUUAUUGCAGCAGGUAUCACUGCGCUUGCUGUUGUACUUUCUAUUGAGUGUAAUAAGCACCAUUGUGGUGAAGAUACUCUUGCUGGCAUUGGUGCUGUUUUAGGUGUACUUAUUGGUACAUUUAUUGGUGUGGUCAUUCUUUUGAUCAGUAAAUAUUACAGAUACCCUACUCCUUGCUGCAUUCUUCCUUAAAUUCUGUUUAAUACUGAUUUAAUUCAUGAUAAUAAAAAAAAAAGUUGA